AUGUCUUCUUCGAGUCCUACGACGCUGUUUCCUGGUGUUGCCGUUGUGACUGGUGCGGGCGGAACUGGCAUUGGUGCAGCUGUCGUCAGAGCCUUCGCUGCGGCGGGAUGUGAGCGUAUCGCUAUCACCGAUGUUAACGAGACUACUCUGGAGCAAACCAAGGCAACGAUUAGCGCAACUUAUCCUCGCAGUCAGGUAUUUGUCCACCCGGGUAAUUUCACAGAUGAUCAUUUCGCCGAGAAUUUCAUACGAAAAGUUGUUGAGAACUUCGGCCGUGUCGACUACGCUGUGAAUUGCGCCGGUGUACUGGGGCAAGCAGUACGAUCAUCCGAGAUGAGCAUCGACGAGUUUGAUCGCGUCAAUAACAUCAACUACCGAGGGUGCUGGUUAUCGUCGCGGGCGCAGCUGAAACAGAUGCUCGAGCAAGAUGCACUAGCCAGCCAUGACCCGGAAAGACCUGCACAGAGAGGCGCAAUUGUAAACAUUGCUAGUCAGCUGGGCCUCGUCAGCCGACCAGCAGCUCCCGCAUACUGUGCUUCCAAGGCCGCCAUCAUCGCUAUGACCCGUUCUGAUGCGGUCGACCACUCUCAAGAUGGCAUCAGGGUGAACUGUGUAUGUCCUGGAGUGAUCGAGACCCCUAUGAUCACUGGAGAUCCUGCUGUUCUCGAGGCGAUUGGUCCUGCCGUGGAUAUCGCGCCGAUGAAAAGAAUGGGCAAGCCUGCAGAAGUCGCGGACGCCGUUCUAUUUUUGUGUUCAACUCAUGCUUCCUUUGUACAAGGCCAUGCUCUGGGUGUGGAUGGUGGAUACGUUAUCGUGUAA